GAUAUACAGUAUUACAUAGGCCACAUGCCUGUAUAUGCAAAUGUUCUGAACACAAAGCGGAUUUCCUCCCGAUACUCCCUCCCCCGAUGUGACCUUAAUCUCAGCAGUCUUUACAAAUCUGCUGUCAUGGCUGCAUCUGAGGAGAAUUUACUGUCACUUGGUCAUCUGAAUGGCCGGAAUGUAAACACUUUUAGCAUUUAUAGAAAUAUGACAGGAAACAUUCACAAAACAAGUCACAUGAUACAUCUGCGUCAACGUUGGCAGGAACUGAAGGAUAGAGAGCGUGCUGCCCGACAUCAGAACCAGGAGCUGCUGAAGCAGUUUGACAGGGCUCAAGACACACUGAGAGAGAUGAUGGCAGCCACUGCUGCCAUGAAGACGAUUCGGAUGGAGUAUGAACCAUUUCUGAUUGAGAGCUCUCCCAACAGGCACAAACAACUGCAAGAUAAAACACCAGUUCCCAAAAGUCAGAGGAUGGAAGAGUGCAUGGAUAGAGAGGAAGAAAUUGUGUCCGCAUCUUCUGUUGGCAAAUAUUUAUUUUCACAGGGUCAUGGCAGAAAGCCACAGAUAGACAGCGUUACCCAAGGGUACAAUGGCUUCGGGCGUUCUUAUCCUCCCUACAUUGACUCACUUUCCUCUCAGUCCCAUUCAGACCAGACCAUCACCGCUUCCGUAUUGCCUCCAACUUUACAUCCAUGUCCUCAGAACUUCCAGCUCCAGCACCUCAUUGCCACUCCAUCACGUCAAUGCAGGGCUAGGCAAAAUCUACCAGAAUGGGCGACCAAUCAGGCUGACGGGCGCCACUCCUCUGUGGUGUCUUAUCCAGAGGACGCAGUGACAAGCGGCAGCUCAAGGAGGAAGAACAUUCAUCUAUCCCAGGAGUUGGAUUUUAAACCAGUCCGUCUGUCCAGUGAGCAUGGUGAAAACAGAGACAGCUGCAGCAGCAGCAGCACGGGGAACAGACAGGUUAAGAGUGAGAAGAAGAGGAGGAAAACAAACACCUCCUCGGAGAGAGACAUAAGCAGUUCGCUGGAAUCAAAGACUUCCUCACCUGUGAUGGCGCAGAUAUCUGAGAGUGAAGCAUCAUCACACAAAGGCAGCACCAGCAGCAGGAUGAGGAGAAACAUCACUGAUCUCCUCCGCACCAGGAACGAGACACAAGAAUGUGAAAGCCCAAAAAGCUGUUCUAUCAGUGAAUUGCAAAGUGAACGUGAAGUGAGUCAGACUCCUUUGCACCAAUCAGAGAGCAGCAGCAGGUGCAAUUCAUCAUCCCGGUCUGAGGAGUCAAGCGGUGAAAGUGACAAGGCUGUUGAAGGAGUAAACAAUAAAGGACUGGAAGAAGAUGAAAAGGCAGACUGUAAAAUUGAUGGGAAAGAAGAGAGUGACAUGGAGGAGGCCAGUGAGGAUGAAGAGACAUCACCAGAAGAUGAGCGGGAGAAUGAGUCUGACGAAGACCAAGGUUGCAACAUUUCAGACGAGCUGAACAAGAACAGUGAAGAAGAGCAUUCAGCUCAGGAUGAGGAAGAGGAUGGUGAUGGGAGUGAGGACAAUAUAGAAGAGGACAGGUCGGAUGAAGGAGAGCAAAUGAGUGAGGAGAGAGCAGAAGAGAAAGAUUCUGAUGACAUCAUCAUCUCACCUCAACAGAACAAGCCCAGGGUGCACUUUAUCCUGCAAGAGAGUUCUGAAGAUGACAACAGCAAGGAGGGAUGCAGAACAGGAACAUCUGAUGAGGACUCAAGUGAGUCGGGUGAUGAUGACAUUGACAAUCUCCUUGCACCUCAACCUCAGACAAAGAUAAGAGAAGAAAAAGUCAGAAAAGCAGUCGAAGAACCGAAAAGUAUAACCACCAAAGUAAUCUGCAACAUGGAGAUUUUCCGAGGAGAAACACACACGGAUCGGCAAAGCGACUCUGAUGAGUUUGACCAUUUUUACGACUGACUGCUAUGGUUUAGUUUCCUACACUCUCUUAUCCUAUAAGGAGCCCGCCUACCGAAAAAGUAUGUGC